AUGCCCGGCGACUCAGCCCCCCAGCAUCCCGCCACCUCCUCCGGCGGCAACCCCCACCUCGCGGCCGUGUACGCGCUCGGCAUCUCCGGCAAGCCCUCGGACUUGAAGGGGAUCUACGACGAGUGGGCGGCUUCGUACGACUCUGACCUCGCGCUGCCACAGCAAGGCUACGUCGGACCUGUCGUCGCCACACGCGCGUUGGCGAAGACGGGCCUCUCUCCCGACUCUGUCUUGCUCGACGCGGGGUGCGGUACCGGCCUUGUCGGGAGUCAGCUCAAGGCCCUCGGGUACGGCACCGUCGACGGCGUGGACCUCAGCGACGGCAUGCUGCGCGAGGCGGCCAAAACGGGCGCAUACCGCCACCUGGCCACCGCCGACUUGACCCAGAAGCUCGACUUCAAGGAUGCAAGCUACGACGGCGUGACGUGCGUCGGCACGCUCACGCUCGGGCACGUCGGGCCGCAGGCGCUCGAGGAGCUCGCGCGCGUCACUCGCCCGGGCGGGUUCGUCGUGUCCACCAUCCUCGAGGAUAUCUGGGCCAUUGGGGGUUAUGCUCAGUACGUCGAGGCGAUGGAGAAACGGGGCACCGUGACUGUCGUCUCUAAGGAGCUCGAACCGUAUCGUGCUGGCGCGGGGGUGGAGGCGCGUACCCUCGUGCUCCGCGUUAAUGGGCUGCUGAACUGA